AUGAAUUCAGAAUAUUUCAAGGUACAAUCUUAUCUCUUAAUAGUACUGGGUAUUUCUCUUAUAGCUAUCUCUAUUUACAUCUUUAAAAUAUUUUCGAAUAAGCAAGCAUAUGUCAGUACUAAAAAGCUGUCUAUAGUAUUUCUAAAAUUGACGUGUCUUUCUAUAGCUAUAGUAUCCUUAAGUUACCUUAUUAGGGUGUAUGCUAUUAAUUGGUGUGGUUAUGUAAUAACUUUUAAUGGUCCAGUCAGUGAGGUUGCUAUUAAAAAUACUUUAAAUAUGAAUGCAAUAUGUUUGGAAUCUAGUUAUGAAGAAAAAUUGUAAUCAAUAAAAAAUACAAUAUUUUAAUUAUGUAAUCAUAAUACCUCUUGUUAAGAAGGUUCAUAUUCAGUAACAUCUUUUACAUGGAUUUUCAGCUUAUGCUUUCUGAACCUAUGCAUAUUUAUGGUUUUGGAUUUUUACAUCUUUAUUUACAUUUAUCAGAAAAUACAUUAUGCUGAGUUUGAUGCUUCACAGAAAGCUUAAUCCUUAGAAAAUCUAAAAAAAAGUUUUUUAUCAGAUUGCGUUUCUAUAAGCAUAGAUUAAUUAAGUUAAUAAAUAUAAAAAAGCAAUCAGUAAGAUACUUGUGAUAGUCAUGAUUUUACUAAUAGGCCAGUCUCUCAAAUAGAAAUGACGAAUGCAGAGAAGUCAGAUGAUUUAUCAGAACAUAAUAGAUAAGUAAAAAACAUUAUCUCAAUAAAUAGUGAAUGA